AAACAAAGGUAAACUUUUUUGGGAAAUCCAAUAGGAAUCCAUUAUUGACCAUAGAGUUUAAUAUCCAUCCAUGGCCGAUCUCGUCGCUGUCAAGCCUUUUAUUUAAUUUCUAUUUUAAAAUGAAGCAUCUUCAAUGAUUUUAAGUGGGUUUGUAGUGUGGUAGUGAUCGUGUGGCGGCGCGGUCUUGGUGAUACGGUUCCUUGGUCGGCGGCACCAUGUUCAGCGGAACGGUGCGCUUGAAGAUUUGUGAGGCCACUGGUCUCAGGCCGACUGACUUCCAAAAAAGGCACAACAUGACCUUCGGGAAGCCAGACGACCAGCCGAUUGAUCCGUACGUCUCGAUCGACGCCGACGAGCAACAUAUCGCGCGCUCGACCACCAAACCCAAAACUUUCGACCCUGUUUGGAAUGAACACUUCACCCAAGAUGUGCACGAUGUCACCAGUCUGGGCAUCACCGUAUUUCACGAUGCAGCCAUACCACCAGAUGACUUCGUCGCCAACUGCACUAUCCUCUUUGCGGAUCUAAUGCAAAGAGAUAAAGACGCCUCUGAUUUCUGGGUGGAUUUAGAACCUCACGGCAAGCUCCACCUCAAAAUUGAGUUGAAAUGGAAUUCUCAAACAUCCCCCGCAGGCGGGCAGCAGGCGCAGGCGGGCCCGCGCGCGCGGGACCGCGAGUUCAAGGAGGGCGCGGGCUUCGCGCGGCGCCGCGGGGCCAUGCGGCGCCGCGUGCACCAGGCGCAGGGCCACAAGUUCAUGGCCACCUUCCUGCGGCAGCCCACCUUCUGCAGCCACUGCCGCGAGUUCAUCUGGGGCUUGGGCAAACAGGGAUACCAGUGCCAAGUGUGCACUUGCGUGGUACACAAGCGGUGUCACGCCUCUGUCGUCACAAAGUGCCCCGGCAUGAAACAAGAGCAACAAAACCUGAGCAUCUUGGGCGGUCAGCGUUUCAACGUGAACGUUCCCCACCGCUUCGUCGUUCACUCGUACAAGCGGUUCACUUUCUGCGAUCACUGCGGCUCUCUGCUGUACGGGCUCAUCAAACAGGGGCUGCAAUGCGAAGUGUGCUCCAUGAACGUCCACAAGCGUUGCCACAAGAACGUGGCGAACAAUUGCGGCAUCAACACAAAGCAGAUGGCGGAGCUGCUCAGCUCCAUGGGCAUCACGCCCGACAACACGCAGAGCCAGAGACCCAAACCAUCCAAGUCGUGCGGCAUGUUGCAGUACUCGGGCGGCGCCGCGCCCGACGGGGAGCCCGAGCCGGCGCCCGAGCGGCCGCGGGGCUCCGCUCGCGGCGCCGCCAAGGACGCCGAUAAAGGUGAUACCGGCCGCUCUCACUGGGACGAGUUGGCGGAGAUAUUCACCGCGCCGCUCACAGACGAGAGUCCUGGCGGGGGUGCGGGCCGCGACCGCGUGGGUCUCCAGGACUUCCACUUCAUCAAGGUGCUGGGCAAAGGCUCCUUCGGGAAGGUCAUGCUGGCCGAGAAGAAGGGCACCGAUGAGGUGUACGCCGUGAAAGUGCUGAAGAAGGAUGCGAUAAUCCAAGACGACGACGUGGAGUGCACGCUGACGGAGCGGCGCGUGCUGGCGCUGGCCGCGCGCCACCCGUUCCUCACGGCGCUGCACUCCGCCUUCCAGACGCAGGACCGGCUGUUCUUCGUGAUGGAGUACGUGGACGGCGGCGACCUCAUGUUCCAGAUACAGCGCGCCAGGAAGUUCGACGAGCCCCGCGCGCGAUUCUACGCUGCGGAAGUGACCCUGGCGCUUCAGUUUCUCCACGAGCACGGCGUCAUCUACCGCGACCUGAAGCUGGACAACAUCCUGCUGGACAGCGAGGGCCACUGCAAGCUGGCGGACUUCGGCAUGUGCAAGGAGGGCAUCCUGGGUGAGUCCACUACCACGACUUUCUGUGGCACUCCGGAUUACAUCGCGCCAGAGAUCCUGCAGGAGCUGGAGUACGGCCCGUCGGUGGACUGGUGGGCGCUGGGCGUGCUGCUGUACGAGAUGCUGGCGGGCCAGCCGCCCUUCGAGGCCGACAAUGAGGAUGAGCUGUUCGAGAGCAUCCUCCACGACGACGUGCUGUACCCCGUGUGGCUCUCCAAGGACGCCGUGGCCAUCCUCAAAGGGUUCAUGACCAAGUCGCCGGCGCGGCGGCUGGGCGUGUGCGGCGGCGCGGACGGCAUCCGCGCGCACGCCUUCUUCCGCGACGUGGACUGGCCCGCGCUCGCCGCGCGCCGCCUGCGCCCGCCCUUCCGCCCCAGGGUGCGGAGCCGCCGCGACGCCGCCAACUUCGACGCGGAGUUCACGAAGGAGGAGCCCGUGCUCACGCCCGUGCCCGGCGACGUGGUGCGCUCCAUCAACCAGGAGGAGUUCCAGGGCUUCUCGUUCGUGAACCCGGACUUCAACCCGGCGGCCGGCGAGCGCCCCCCGCCGUGAGCGCCCGCGGCAACGCGAGUAAACCCGGCUCAUUUCCUUAGUCGUAGCCGUUCUUAAGGGAGGUUUCAUCGCUCGCUGCUUUAUAUUACGCCUAUUAUAGAUAUAUGUUAUAGAUUUACGGUGGUUAUUAAAACGUUGUACUACGGAAUUGGUAGGCGUUGCGUCACUAGUUGCAAUGGUGGACUCUGUUGUCGUGGAGUUAACUUGCGGUUUUAGGAGUUGCCUCUGUAACAACGGAGUUUCUCGCUAAAAAAACAGAGUUUCUCUGUAGUAACGGGAUUUCUCGUUACCGGUGUUCCUCUGUUGUAACGGAGUUUCUCUGUUCUCAUGGAGUUUCUCUGUUAGAAAACAGAUAAUUACGUUAAUCUGUAACCCCCCUUUGAGUUGGGGUUAGGAUUAAUGUUAAAAUUUAAUUUGUUUCAAGUACCUCAAGACUUCUAUGGGUACAGUCAUUGUUUUAGUAACUUUAUUAUUUAUUUUAAUAAGGAAAUAUUGUUUUACGAACCAUCAAAUAAUUUAUUACAAGUACCUAAUAACUUCUUUAGGUAUAAAUGAAUCGUUGUUUUUAAAUUUAUAUAUCCACGGGCAGGUGUCAUGAACUCGUAAAAAAUAUACUGCUGAAAAAAGCUUAAAAGGAUUAUAAGGUUCGCUGAUACUAAGGACAAAUAAUAUUCUUAAUGAAUUCUGUGCAAUAUAAAGAACUUUUGUCCAUAAACUUGCAGCGAAAGAUGAAAAAUGUUUCUCGACAUUUCAUACAAAUUUGAUCUACGAUUUGUAUGGGAUGCAGAAUGUAAUUUCAUGUUUCGCUAAACGUUUACCAUUGUUCGUCAUCCUUGACUCGUGCUUAGUUACAGCGCACUUUAUAAACCACUUAUAUUUGAAGCAUACCGUGGCUCUAAGGGUUAUAUUGCUUGUUCAUUUCUUGAAAAGAAAAUUGUAAUAAAUUAUCGGAUACAAAACAAAAACUAAAAAAAAAGCAGCGGCGAAACUAACCUAAUAUCAAUUGUAAUUAGUUGAAAUCUCAUUGCGCUGAUUAACUAACAAAUGUUAAUAUUUCAUUGUAAAAUUUGUCUGCAUUUUGCAAACUGUAAAAGAGUUUUAACCCUCUAACUUAAGGAUGACUUACUUUAAUUAUUAUUUUCUAAAGUUUCUCGAUCAUGGGUACAAGAUUUUUAAAUCGUGUCUUUUAAUUCGUAUUUAUUGGAUAAGUAUUUUAGUGACAUUGGAAAUAUUUAGUUUAUUUAUUUAAUUUUUUUAACUUCGACUUAGAAAUAAUUUGAAAAUGAUUUAACAAAAUUAUUUAAAGGACUUGUAUCCAUAGCCGUAAAACUCUGAAAAAAAAAUCAGGUAACAAUGUGUCCUAGUCAAAAUAAUACGACACAUCAAAAAAAAUGAAUCUCCUAACUCUUAAAUGUUUCUCUAAUAUACUUUUCCUUUUUUUUUCUUGCAUUUUUCAAACAUUCUUAUCAAGUAUAAUAUUUAGAGGGUGAAUAUUCUUAACAAUAAAUUGACGCCAAUCCAAACGUUUGAUAACUCAGUAGUGUAGUUCACUGGUUACCUCAAAAGUUUCUUGAAAUGCCGAGAUCUAACCGUGGAUGCCGAAAAGAUCUGUGUAAAAUUGUUUUCUUAUGAUAUUCUGUCCGUUAUUACUAGCCAGAUUAUGAUAUAUUUUUAACACCGGGCUGUUAAAUAGAAGAUGCCAUAAUAGUUCGAGUUAUUACGUCUGGCGGCGAGAGUUACCGCGGUUUUUCUUACAAAUCUUGUAAAAGCGAUAACUCUACACCGCUUUAAAAAUAUAUAUAUUUAUAUAUAUAUAUUAAGCGCAAAUAUCGCGUGAUCAAUAUUGUCAUGGAACGUUUAUUAGAUAUUGUCAAUGAAAUGUGUUUCGGAGCGUUGAGAGCAAUUAUUGAUUGUUGUAAAUAUUGAGAGUUUCGAUGCUCGGGUGUAAAUUUGACGCGUCUCGGUCGCCAUACUGACGCCGCUCGUACGGAGACCGAUAUUUUGCGAGAUAAAGCCGUCAGUCUCUUGAAUUAAGGCUCAGAUUUGAGCGCCUGAGGCUUUAUCUCACUCACUGAUGCUGUGAGGUAAUCGGAAUUUAUUACCGAGCGAAGUCGAUGGGCUGCCGUUCUCUCGUCGAAAUAAGUAAACCCCAUUCGUGUUAGUGCGGUGUGUGUGAGUGUGUGUGUACAGGGGGGCGCACGGGUGCAAUCGGCGACAGAUAAAUGUCAUCCAUCUUAGCUUAAUUGACAGUGGGUCGGAUUCAUCUGCCCCCGACUGUACAACUAACUGACCAAUAGAGUGCCGAUAACGAUUGAUCGAACUCUUUCAAGCCGAUGGGGGAAGGUUGAUUCGUUAUUUACACCUCUUUGGCAGUAUGCAGGGAAGAGGCGACAUUGUAACGUUAAUUUCGUAAAGAAUUGUAGGUUAUUGUUACUUAAUUGUUUAUUUGUGUUUUCGUAUACUUUUUUCUACGAGAUAAUUCUAUUUUUUUUUCUUUUUUUAACGCAAUAAGACAUGCUCUGCCAGUCAAACCUUCAGACAAAAGUGAGAUCUUUAUGAAUGUAUAGUAUCAAUGUCGCAUCUUCCUUCCUUUGGUUCCGUUACGUUUCUUCGUGUUCCGUUACACGUUACGUUUCGUUCCGUUACGUUUCUUCGUGUUCCGUUACACGUUACGUUUCGUUCCGUUACGUUUCUUCGUGUUCCGUUACACGUUACGUUUCGUUCCGUUACGUUUCUUCGUGUUCCGCUACACGUUACGUUUCGUUUCGACAAGUUCCGUUAAGUUACAUGUUCCGUCACGCCAGGUGCUCGGGACCCAGGGUCCCACACGUGUUCUAGUCCUUUGUUGUGCGUCGCAACGAACAAUACUCAUUUAGUUCGCGACAAUCUCGUGCCCAUAUUGCAGUAUUUACGCGUUAUACGUCAAUUUUUUUGUUAGUCUAUAAAAAUAUAAGUUGAUUUCUGUGACGAUACGAUAGCUAUGUCGUAGGCUCGAAAAAGAUGUAUGCAAUUGAUGUCUGUCACAGAGAUCGAGCUAUAUUAUAAAGGCUGGAAAGUUGAUUUUGUAAAGUAUGCGAGUACUUCUAGGAAUGUUUUUGGGCGUACAGUGGGCCUUAUAGGAAGUAUACUAACUUUGUGUCGAAGACAUAUCGAAGGUGGUAUAUUUUCCUAUGUGGUUGACUGUACUUAAUUUAUUAUUGAGUUGGCAUUUGAUUGAAUUACGCAGUUAUUUGAAAAAAUGACGGAGAUGAAUCUUCUAAAUUUAUAAUUUUAUUAUCAAUCUGUAUUUUGUUUAUGAAUAGGUACGACAGAUAUUAAACGCGUACGUAACGUACCUUAAUUUUAUCUCGGACGUAUUGUGAGGGUGGUUGGCGUGUUAUCACCUUGGCGGUAGAAGAACAUUCUGCCUGCAGACAGAGCAGUAGCCGGCUGGUUUUCAGUCGCUCGGUGACUACGGAUCAUUGCAACAUGAUUCGAAAUGUCCGAAAUAUAAUAAUGGUACGUUACGUGCGCGUUUAAUACCGGUAGUAUUUAUAAAUAGUGUAAUGCAUCGUGAAAGUUAAACAUCUGUAUUUUGAUUGAAAAUUCCUAGUAGUGCUUGAAGUAAGAUUAAUAUUUUAAUAUUUUUUUUUUUUAUAUUUUUUAGGUUAAUUUUUAUUGUUACACUUUUGUGUUUGAGAUUAAUCGAAGUAUUUUGUUAAAGUAUUUUUUUUUUACUUUUAUUUUUACGAGUACUCAAAGUACAAAUGCUUACUGCGCCAGUUGUAUUCGACAUUGGAUUGUUGUUGCAAUUAUUUAAACAUUUUUUUUAAAUCAAAGUAUUAUGUUAAUCUCAUUUUUACGGCUUGGUUAUGAGAACAGACAGAUCAAGAAAGAAUAAUAACUUUUUUUUAAAUGAACCGCCUCAAAUCAAUAUCUUCCUUUUUUGAAGUCUGUUUCUAAAACCUCCUAAGUAUAAAAAAGCACUUUCCAGUCUCUCUUUACGACAUUUAUAGAAAGGAACGGUGAUUUUCUAUGAAGGCGCCGAGAACCACACGGCAAACAUAUAUUUCUUUCUCUAUAUCUACAAUGUCACCUUCAACAAGAUGACUUCUGUUAUAUCCGAUUAAGUUCCGACCAAGCCGUAACAACUACAGGCUUAUUUACACCCGCUCGCUCCCAGAGUGAGCGGUUUUCUGAUCUGUAUAGUAUUAUAUUUAGUUAUAAUUAAACCGAUACCAAAGUUAAGUUAACGUUUUAAGUUUAACGGAACAUAGAUAAGUAAUUUAAUUUAUAGUCGAAUGUUUUUGACGUACACACCGCGGCGGGAAACUUGAUCAUUUUUACUCUGUAUUUUUUUUUUACAAACAUGUUUCUUUUUUUUUUUAAUCAGUUGUUGUUAUUGAAAUCAGACAUUUUAUUGCCGCUCACUUAUCUAAGUUAAUAUUUAGUUUAUUGAAACAAUUGAAUAAGUAACAAUAAUUUGUAUCAUCAGAGAAAAAUUGUCAUAACUCUGAAAUAUUUGAUUUGAAGUCAAGAACUCAGUUGUAGCGUUGCAGUUUUUCGAAAAUCCUUUAAUUUUUAAACUGAACAGGUUUUGUACGAAAAGUGAUUAAAUAAUUUAUGUACAAAGUGAUGGAGUUUCCCCGCCGCGCGGUAUAGUAUUGUGCGUUCUCGCCUGAGAAUCCAGGCCAACGCAGCGAUCAUUGCACAAAUGUAAUGCUUUAUGUAGUUGUUAGUGUAUUAUAUAAUAUAAAAUUAAAAUAUAAAUUAUAAAUCUCUGUACGUGUUCCCAAUAUAUUGACAUGUUAAUGUAUUUAUCAUUUUUUUUUAUUAACUUUGUCGUUUAUUUUUCUAUUGUUUUGAGUGGACUAACAUUGUACAGCUUUACGAUUGAGGUGGUUUGAGGGCAUUGACCUGUAUCUAUCUGUCUCUGUCAUUCGUUUUGUAGUCUAUUGUGCAUCUCGCUCGAUGAGACAUGGUCCCCAUAUGUUGCAGAUGAUACAAAGAUUUGUUAAGAAGAAAAAUGAUAUGUGCUUAGGUCAAUAUUCUCAAAUUUACCUCAGUUGAUAGUCAGUUUAAGGCCGAUAGACAUUCUCGCGAUGUUUUGUUGAUCGUGACGAUGUCUGUCUGUCUGUCAGAAUUAUAUAUAUAAUAUGUUGUUUGUCCGCGGGAGGCUAAUUAUUUUCACACUCCGCGCGACGCUUUGUGUGUUUUCAGUUUUAGGGGGCGCAUGUAUCGCUACAUAUAAUUUUUUUGUUGAAAUUGAAUUUGUUGAUUGUAUCAGUUGACAAAUCUAUAGAAUAUUUUUGGUAAUUUUAAUUUAUUAUUUAUUUACGAUGAUUAAGAAACUAUGGAUUUGUCAAUUGAAUAUUUUUGUUGUUCAUGAUAUUGCUUUGGCUAAUGUAUGUAGUAAUGCAGGCGGCCCCGCUGUCGGUUCGUACGCAUCGUAUUAUGAACGUUUCUCUGUUUGUAGCGUAAGUUAAUGUGCAGAUUAAUUUUUCGAUGUGGAUCAUAAAUACUAAUACAAAUUUAUAGUGAAUAGAGUUUUAUUAGAGUAGGUGCCGACGCGUCGGCUGGUUUAAGUUACCGGAGUCAUAGUUGUAUGUUGAUAUGUUUCGUUCAAGAGUGUGUGUAUGUGUAUGAGUGUGCGUUUAGUCGUCACUUUGUCAUCGUGUCGCUUUGCGAUGCGGCGACCGCGUGGCAGCUCGGUAGCCAUUCAGCUGAAUGUAGGAAAAUUUUUGAUUGACACCGGAGCUAACAUAUCUGUUGAGGCUCUGAGGGUCACAUUACUGUGUACUUCACUGUACUUUUGGAAAUAUCGGCUCAAGAUGGCUCGACUGAACGAUCCUAUUGCGAUUCAUUGGCGCAAUAGGGCGAAGCGAGUUGUCUACCGAACUACUUCAGCAUAACACAUGUUUUCAGUGCUAAAUGAUUAUUUUACUUUCACUUUUUUUUUCUCCAAGUUUUUUUCUCCAAACCAUAAGUUAAAACUAUGUCCGUUUUAUUUCUUCACAACCUUAAAUUUUUUAUUGACUUAAUUUAUUUCGGUACUUGCAAAUAAAUCUAAAUAUUUUUAUUUUAUUUAUAUUAUGAUCGAAUCGAUAUAGAUAUUCGGUUAAUAAUUACUAUGAAAACGCCACAAUUCAUGAGCGCUAAUCAAAUCUUAAUAUGCAAUUAUUGGACAAAUAUCUAUAUGAAUGAAGUCGCGGUUUAAAUGUCCGUUUUUAAAAUGACAUCUACAAUUAGCUGAAUUAUAUCAGAGCUGCUUCUAGUUAAGCUGUGAUGUGAGGAACGUUUAUUUUACAAAUUGUAUUCCAGUCGCAACACGUUAUCUGCCGACCUCUCGCGUUUUUUGGAUUUACAUUUUUUAAUUUUUUGACAUUUUACACUUCGUUCUUAUAAUUGUGAAAUAUUGAAUAGAUGUUAUUGCAUAGUACAAUUUAUAUGUAGAGGGUGUUGCGGUUGCUAUGUACCACAUACAUAUAUAGAUUGAAGCACAAUACUUACACAUAAAUUAUAUCGAGAUGCUAUUUUGAAUUGUAUUUAUAUCUAGUGAAAUUCGGGUGACAGCGCCUUGUUCCGUUCAUCGGUUUGAGGUCGAUGCGCAAAACCACACGGAUAAAUGUUUUUUAAGACAUGAGCAAGCAUAUUUUACAACAGCAAUAUCGAAUAUUGAUUAUAAUAAUGCGAUAACUUCUUCGACAAUCACACAUUAUUUUUAACAACCUUUGUGGCAUACUGAUAAUGUUUUUGCUUUUGAACUACAAGAUCCCGGAUUUUAUUCCGACUCACCAAAGUGAAUUUUAUAUCGUAAAAAGUAUUUAUUAUUACAAGGUUAAAUUUAAUUUUUAAUUUUUUUUUAACUAGAAAUAACUUAAAUAUUUUUUUUAUAUGCCAAAACAACGUUUGCCGGGACAGCUAGUUAAUAAUAAAAUAUUGUGUAGGUAGCUCGUGUCUUAUGGUGUGAGUUUGCGCAGCGAUUUUACUGUAAUUUUUUAAAAUCGAGUUUCUGAUAUUUUCCAGCCUUCCAUUAAUUUUAAAUUUGUUGGUGGGUCGCGCGUUUCCCUUAGGAAUUUUGGAAAAUUCUAAUAAUUUCUACAAUAGAUAUUAAUUCCGAGAAUUAUUUCUAAAUUUUUUUUUUUUUAAUUUUAGAACAUUUCUAUGACUGUUUUUUAAUUCAGCAUUAAUUUCCGCGUAAAAAUUGCAUAGCGUAUUAUUUUUUACCUUUUGGUCCAUCAGAUAUUCAAACCUGAAACUUCAUAAAAAUUAACGUUAUUAUUUACUUUUUUUUUUGCAAAACUUCAAACUUUAAGCAAUAAAAAGUAUAGAGAAACGCGCGCCACAAUUAUGUGCAAUAGAACGUUUUAUUAUUAUCUAGUAUAACAUAGUUUGAGCGGGUGCUUGUUUAUCAGUUUGUUCGUCUGUCACCGACUGUGCCAAAUGUCCUGCUAUUGUCUGUGGUCGGUUCAGAGUAUAACUUUAUAUCAUUUUGUCAUAAAUAAUAAAAACAGAUCAAAUGCGAGUAAACUCGUGGUAAGAGCUUUAGAAUUAUUUGUGAUAUAAUUAACGACAUUUCUUUUUAAAUUUUAAGAUCUUUUUGGAUAGGGUUAGGCGUAGGGGAGGUGGUCUAUUUUGUUUUUAUCAUAUAAAUAUAUUUUGAACCAACUCUUAGGGCUGUUUAAUGCUGUUGUAAACAGAAAAUCUUUUGACUAUCAAACUCGGGUAAAAUACCUGCAUUUGUCUGAUUGAACAGUCUUAAAUGUUUUUGUUUCAUAAAUUGAUAAAAUUAUAUUAUACUUCAUACCGGCCACAGCUACAUAGUUUAUACAUAGCUUGUAUACAUAGCAUAGUGCGGCGGGCUACUGCGCUCCCACGAAGUACGCAUUGCUAAAAUUCAUUUAUGAAUUGUAUAAAAUAUUUUUUUUUUGUUCAGAAUAUAACGCUCUUUACAUGGUUUCAUUCGUUUAGUCUCAGAGUCUCGUAUCGGCACGGCUUAAGCUUGUCAAAGGCUCACUGACAAUCUUAAGGCACCGAUUAGGGGCACCCGGUCUUAAACAAAUGACACACUGUAAAAAAAAUUUAUUAACAAUCUAAAUUUUCAUACAUACAUACAUAUAAUCACAUCUCUAUCCCCUGCAGGGUAGACAGAGCCAACAGUCUUUAAAUGACUGAUAGGCCACGUUCAGCUAUUAGGCUUUAAGAUAGAAUUGAGAUUCAAAUAGUGACAGGUUGUUAGCCCAUCGCCUAAAAGAAGAAUCCAAAGUUUAUAUAUAGCCUAUUCCUUAGUCGCCUUUUACGACAUCCGUGGGAAAGAGAGGGUUGGUCCUAUUCGUUUUUCUAUUGGUGCCGGGAACCACACAUAUUGUGUUAAUUUAAUUAAAAAACGAAAAUUCUUAUUAUGUCACGUUUAAAAUCGCGUUAUGAAUUUUCUGACCAAUUCACAUGGAGAAAUUGCGAUCAUAGUGUUUUCUAGUGAUGCGUACGGAAUGGGCCGCGCGCGAUCGCGGGCAACCGAUUUACUGCGGUAAUUCUAUGCGAUAAAUAUAUGGCUUCGUUUCAUACAUAGUCGAGAAGGGCGGUUUAUACGUGCCGACAAAGUAAUCGUUUUAAUGUGUAACUUUUAAACCGUAUUUGUAUUUAUUAUUUCUGUAAUGACGAUGUUAUUUGCAAAUGUUUUAGCAGAUUUGUUAUCAUGUAUAUAAAUAAAUUAGCUGUCCCAUAGUUUCUAAGGGUUCCAUUCAAAUCGGAACCAGACUUGUUUAUUUGCUAAAAGACAUUUUAUGUCUAAAUUAAUGUUCUUAAGAUCGUUACGCUUAAUCUCAAAACUAUGAAUCUCUUUAAAGUUUAAUACAUACAUACAUACAUAUAAUCACAUCUAUAUCCCUUGCGGGGUAGACAGAGCCAACAGUCCUGAGCGGACUGAUAGGCCACGUUCAGCUAUUUGGCUUUAAGAUAGAAUUGAGAUUCGAAUAGUGACAAGUUGCUAGCCUAUCGCCUAAAAAAAGAAUCUCAAGUUUGUAAGCCUAUCCCUUAGUCGCCUUUUACGACAUCCAUGGGAAAGAGAUGGAGUGGUCCUAUUCUUUUUUGUAUUGGUGCCGGGAACCACACGGCACUUUAAAGUUUAAAUUACAGUUAAUUGCUCAGUGUGUUUGAUGAUAAAACAAACCUUCAAGUCUCUGUUGCAACGCAUUAUAAUCUAAAAUCCUUUUGUCUGUGCGUAUAAACGUCAUCCCGGCCCUGAACCUCCGCUAGUUACCAUUAUAAUAAUAGACGGAAGAUGAUAGUUAUGACCGCAGUUAAACCUUGCGUCGUGAUCGUAGUCGCGCGACUGUCGCGUCGCAGUCGCGCGACUGUCGCGUCGCAGUCGCGCGACUGUCGCGUGUCGCAGUCGCCAGUUGCUCGGUCCAGCAACGGCAACGAAACUGUUCGAUGCCAUUUUUAUAAGUUACGUUUGUAACUCGACAUAUCACGGUGAUUUUGUUAAUUUGACUAUAUAUAUAUAUAUAUAUUUUAUAAUAGAUUCAAUAUCGCCGAUGUUCUGUGUCAAACAUAGCACAUUGUAUUGGGUUCAUUUGCAAAUUUCAUGUGGCUUCGUUUGUGGAGAUGCGGUGGUGUAUUUAGCGUUGUUUGGGACUCAAUGGGAAGUCUCCAUUGAUUGAUUGAUUCUAUGUCAAUAUGUCUGCAAUCAGUCUGAAUUACGGGUGGGUUGUGGUCAGUCACUAAAUUUGAAAAAAAAAAACGAUAUAGUAAUUUGACUUUUAACAUUGGAACUUGCUCUUGAGUUCAAAGUACUAUAAAACUAUCGUGUCUUUAUAAAUUAAGCUGAACUACACAUAAGGCCAAUUCAUGAGAUAAAAUUCUCGAUCAGUUUUUUUUAAAGAGACUUUAUUGGGUUAUGAAUUGGCUUGAUUGUAAGUGUAUGAGAAGGUUGGCGGGCGUGUAUACGGAUGUAACGGGCUAAUUUGUGGUAAUGCAUGUUUUGGUGGCAUGGUGAUGGUUACAUCAACUGAUUUAAGGUGUCCAAAUUUUAACCCGUACCUUUUGUGAUGCUAAUUUUGCAGUCUCUCAAAUCCUCCCCAUAAGGGUAUAAAAAUAAUACUUAUUUGCACAUCCUUUGUCAGUUGUUAUAAUCAGUUUCUCGGCAUAAUAUGAAUCUAUUUAAUGUGAAACACUUAAGUAAGAAAUUUAUAUGUAUUUAAUUUUUGUGAAAAUUGCAAAUGAACGGAGUAUGUUAUUUUGUACUCAUUUUUAAGGGCUUUUAUAAAAAGAAUAUAUUUUACGCUUCCCAGAGGAGAUGUAGCCAAAGAGUGGUAUAAUAUUGUACAAAGUGGCUUUGAGCCUUAUUUUGUUGUUUAUUAGUUAAAUAUUGUCUUGCCAGUGGUUAUCCCGUAAUAUACUGUGUAGGAAGCAGUUUGGAUAAUGUUACGCGUGUUUGAUCGGGCGCAGUGUGAGGUGGGCCUUGUCGCACUUAGUGUAUUGUAGGGUAAUGUUACCAAAAAUAGCAUUUUUUGUAUUAAUUAAUGUACGUAUUAGCAGUCAUAAUUUUCGAAUUUAAUAUUUCAUCACAAUCUCUUAAUUUAAACUUAUGCUAGUCAUUCAAGUAAUAAUUUAUUAAAUCAAGGUUUGCCUCGCACUGAGCAAUCGUAUGUUUACAUUAUGUUAAUUAAUUGUAGCUAACACAGAGAAUAUGAGAUCUGUUGGAGCGCUGCCGGGGACGAUUGUUGCGGACACGUCUUAUCUGUACAAGAGUUUGUUUCCAACUGAAUAGUUUCCUGUCCCGCACGCCAGAGGGCGACACUCCGGUACUUCCCCACCAGCGCUCCUAUAUUUGUUGUUUGUUCACUGAAUCACUAUUAGGACACAUUUAGCUGAGUAAAUUAAUGCAUAUAAUAUAGUUUUAUGAUGAAAUAAAAUAUGUAUAUGUAAUCCUACAUGUCUAUUAAAUCAAUGAAAAUAGAUUAUA